AUCCCCAUAUUGACAUCUAUAGAAUGAACUUCACAGGCAUUCACAGGUUACAUUUUGUUGUGAUCCAAAGCAAUCAGCUGAAUAUUGUCACGUUUUUCACAAAUUAUCAAAUAAAAAUCGAAAAUGGAUAUCGAAAUAGACCGUUAUACGAAAGUGGUACUCUAUGUUAUUGACGGUGCAAAUGGACUGCCUUCAUCAGACCCAUUUUCGAUGGAAAUGUUGUUGAAUAUUAAACUCAACAACUGUACAAGUAUUGAAAUUCGGAAGGCUCACAUGAAUUCAAAUGCAGAUUUACCCAAACUGAAUGUGAAUGGGACAACAUACAGUCAUCCCGAGCAAAUUCGUAAAAUUAUUGAGCGAAUUACACGAAACAAAAUAAAUCAACAAUAUGCCAAGUUGGAGUUAUCCAGACUGAGUGCACACUUUGCUCAUGCUGAACGAUACUUAGCUACAGCUGCCUUGAUGCAUUAUUGGGGUGUGGAGGAAAAUACUGCCUUAUCUACCAAUACUUAUGCUCAGGGAAUGUGGUUUCCUUUUGGGAUUCUUUACUCAAGGAAUAUGAAGAAGAAAAUGACUGAAACAAUUCAACUGAUUGUUGGAGAUGAUGAUUUGAAGGUGUUUAUUGAUAGAAAAUAUUUGGAACUUGAUGCCUACUUCAAAGACUUAUCUCAAAUGCUGUCCAAUAAGAAGUAUUUAUUGGGUGACCACCCGACCACAUUAGAUUUAUACAUCUGCAGCCACUUGGCACCAGCUUUCAGGCUGCAAUAUCCUAAUACUACGUUCAUGAACGUGGUAAACUCGAACAAUAAUAUUGCGGAGUAUGUGAGAAACUUUCUAUCAAAACAUGCACCACUAAAAGAAGUUCCUGCAAAAGAAAACCCAUCAGAUAAUGAUUGCGCAUCAGUUUUCUUACUUCUAACUGCUGGAUUCACCGCUGUUGGUGUGAUGACACUAUUUGCUUGGUCUCACGGACUCAUUCGACGCUAGACACUCAAUUCCAAGGCGUCACAUUCCAAUUAAAGACGAAUUUAUUAAGGUGUUCAAAGCAGGCGGGCUAGGUGGCUAGGUAAUUAUAGUUUAUUUCUGUUCCCAGUUCUUUUUUAUGGUACAACUUGUAAAGUUUCAUAUUUAAGUUGUAUUGUGGAAGAUUCUCACUAGUCACUACGUUUAUUAAAUGAAGUGUUUUUCAUUAGAUUUGAUAUAUAGUAAAAGCGUUUGAUAACAAGGAAGGAAUAAAAAUUAAUAAACUGCA